GUCGACACUGUCACUUGCUUCUCGAGCUUACGACGGUCUCAACAUGGGUCGGCGUGUAGCGACACAGGUGCACCAUCAAAUUUCCCGGCUUAUGCUCGGUGGGCGGAUGCAAACGCCUCCCGUCUGGUACCGGCCAGUGCUCGCCUUCCCUCCCCUUCCUCUGCCAGCCAAAGCUCCGCCCCAGCGAACGACAUACGAUCAGAAAUUCAAGCCUCUCUCCAAACUCCGAAGACUAAAGAACCGGCCACUCCCUAUCUACUAUCUCGAGGAUGACUUGAGGCGGCAGUUCUUCACCGACCACCCAUUCGAAGCGUUCCGGCCGACGACACUGGUCGAAAAGUCGGAGGUGGAGGUGCAUCCAGUUAACGGAGCGAAUUGGACACGUCUAAGGCAACGAGGACGAAACCCCUCAGCUGAAGAUGCCGUUCAAUUUGCAGUCAAUCUGCACCAAAAUCUCGACGUUCCACUUUCAGAGGCAUAUGCCCGUGCUGUACACCAAUUCCGCGCUCUCAGGUCCGAGCACCAUGUCGCAACCACCUACGCAGCAUGGGAAGCCGAUCAGUUGGGUGCUGAUUUUGCGCCAACCGAAAUCGAGCACGCGUUCGAGAAGGAAAAACGGGCACUAGCAUCUUGGGAAAAAUUGCAGGACAUGGACGCAGGCUCGCUUGCUGCUAGGAAACGGUGGAGGAUGAUUCCGGAGGCGCACGCCGGCAAGUCGCGGUGGUCUCGUGGCGUGGAAUACGUCAAGCUGUGGCAGGCGGGAGUCCCCGUCAAUUAUGCCCCUGCUAUCACCAAAGCCAUGGACGAAGUGCUCGACUUGCCAGAAGCGGAGGAGGCCGAGAUUGCGGAGGCGCUCCAGCCUGCGCCUGCGCCGUCAGACGACUUGUCGUAUGCCGACGACGAGUUUGAUGACAUAGAGGGUGAUUACGCACAGAUCGAAAGCUCCCUGCCGGAAAUCGCAGAAGAGAAGACUCGCGCAGGAGCACAGCCGGCCAUCAUGACCCAUGCCCAACUCCAGUCUCUCGUGCAGGGCUAUCUUGGUGCGGAGAGUGCAAACGAGAUUGACGGUGCACUGGAGGCUUUCGACGACCUGGUCAAACACACAGAUUCUUCUCGAGAAGCCACGCCUCCUGUCUCGGAAGACAAGGCUGGCACUGAGCACAUUACUCAAGCCGGAGAUGCGGAUUUCUUCAACUUUACCAAGUCACAAUGA